AAGAAGGAUUUAAAAAAAAGAAAACUGGAAAUAGAGGAAAAUAAGGUUGAGAAGACAGAGGAGAAGAAAGAACCAAAACCACCUUCCCCUUUCGUUUUGCAUAUAGACUUGCAUUGUGUAGGAUGCGCCAAGAAGAUUGAGAGGUCCAUUUCAAAGAUUAGAGGGGUUGAAAGAGUGAUGAUAGAUAUGGCACAAAACCAAGUGACAAUAAUUGGUGUGAUAGAACCACGACAACUGUGCGCCAGGAUUAUGAAUAAAACAAAGAGAGUUGCAAAAGUAUUGUCACCCCUGCCAGCAGAUCCUGAAGUUGUUGCAUCACAGGUUAGUGAGUUGACGACUGUUGAGCUCAGUGUCAACAUGCAUUGUGAGGCGUGCGCCCAGCAACUAAAAAGAAAAAUUCUAAAAGUCAGAGGUAUAUCAACGAAUUCUUUAUUAUUACCCUCCCAAAUUAGUAGCUAG